AUGUCAACCGCUCGGCAACUGGAUGUCACAAAACAGUUCAAGACGUUCUCAUCUGGCGCCCGCCUCGACGUCCUGAUCCUGGAAUCUGGAGGCGACGACAUUCUCGAAGUGCUACGAGACGGGUCUUCAGAUGAUGUAUCGCGGUCACCGCCCCGUCGCCACCUCUACUUUGAUGAGAAAGCACGCGUCACGGUACUCCUAAGGACUUCCGGAAACAAAGAUGAGCUACGCAAGUUCUUGCCCCAAGUAGAGAUCUCUCUGGCGGCUCAUGCAACGGAUGCGGUACCGCAGGGUUCUGGCAAUGCUGCUUCAGCUUCGGGAAAGCACGAUUUGACCUCAAGGACGAUCCCUGGAGGUGAUCUGGAGGAUAUAGUCGUCUCUGGAGACUAUUUGUUCGCAAUCUGGCGUCCGUCAUUGCAUCUGCCUCGACCACAAGUCAGGCUUCAGCGGCCGGCUGUGUAUUUCACCGCGAACCUAAAAGUCAGCCGGGAUGCUCUCAACGCCUCCAGGCGAAGAGCUGCUGAAACACUGGAGAGUUACGAGCCUUUACCAGCCAAUGUCUUGGAACCACUGCAUACUGAUCCAGCUUUCGGCGAUAGCGGUAUCUACCUUUCUGAAGGCCGAAUCGCAAAGUCUGUCGGCUCCAACGCUCAAGCACAGGACGACGUCAAGCCGAUUCGGGGUGCUACGAAACGUGCCUUCCCCAUCGUACCUGCAUUGUUCACACGGAUCAGGUGUUCUGUCUUGCCGGAUGCAUUGAUAGCAAGCCUGCAUUUGGAGGCUUCGAGACUCAUCACCGGGACAUUGACAGCCAAAGACGUGACCGUCGACGUGCCGGGGGCGCAGGUUGAAUCUCUGUGUCCAUUGGAUGAGCCGAAGGACGCGAAAGCUGGGGAUGAGAUUAUCCUUCUGUACAAGUUCGCACACCAGAGAAGAACGGAUGACCCAGCGCUGUCAUCGGUCUUUGUUCGAGUCGGAGCAAUGCUGGCAGAAAGAGAAGGUUCUAGCAUCGAUCUAGAAACCAAAUGGCAGACGAAAGUCGAUCUAUCUUCUACAGCAUCGAAGCCAAGCUACAGAUGGUCUCGUCCUCUCAGUACGGGAAGCCAGCAGGCACCCCGGCUUUCACUCAAAGAUGCUGCACCCCCAUCGAUGCCCGAGACCGAGCUCAAGCCUUCGACGGGCGAGACAGGGGUUGUUUUCAAUAUCACAGCUCCAGCAACGGUAUCCAAAGACGACACCUUGGUACUCGACUUACAGUGCAUCAACCGCAGCGAUCGCAAGCGACGUUUCGCACUCAUUGCUCUUAGGACAAAGAAGACUCCGCCGAACGGAUUCGCGAAAGAGCAGAGGGGCUCGGAAGACACAAGGCGGAGCAUGGAAACCACCAAGCCCGAGCCAUCCCAGCGAAAACGGCGACUCGACGUGCUCGAUCUCUAUCCAGACUUCCGCAUUGGACCUGUAGCACCAGGAGCAAGCUUGGAGACAAAGUUGAGGUACCGCACGCUGACUAUGGGUAUCUUGGAUCUCGGCGCUAUUCGAAUCGUAGAUCUUGACACGAGACAGACCGUGGAUGUCAAGAACCUGCCUGAUGUCAUUGUCAUGAACUCGACUUCGCAGGAGGAAAGUGAGAAGUCGGCAGGCAAACAGCAGGAUUAA